CGGGGAUCACAUCGUAACCCUCCUGUCACACAUCAUCGUACCAUCAGACGAACCAAGUAUAAAUAUUGGGCGCAUGGACGUAGAAAACCCUUAAAAAUCAAAGCAAGUUAGGAAGUCCCUCAAGCUUGAACAUAAUAACCUUUGCAAUUGAGAAAUCAUUUGCGAGUAAAAAGCUAGAUUCUUAUCUGGGAAGAACUCAAUUGUUAUCUUUUUACUCAAAACCAUAUCAUUCGUCUUCUCGAAAACUCCUUAAUUUUUUUAUUUUUUUGUAAUUCAUAUCCAUGGGAUCUAAUUCUUACAUUAUUGUUACUGGUGGUGCCGGAUACAUUGGCUCCCAUACAGUCGUAGAACUGAUCCACCAUGGCUAUAAUGUUAUCAUCAUAGACAAUUUAUGUAACUCUAGCUACGAAGCAGUGGCCCGCAUUGAGUUUCUCGUUCGAAAAUCCAUUUUGUUUUAUGAUAUUGACCUGCGCGACGAAAAGCAAUUGAGUCAUGUCUUCUCAUCUCACAACAUCCAAGGCGUUAUCCAUUUUGCUGCUCUUAAAGCCGUCGGAGAAUCAACCAAAAUUCCUCUUGAUUAUUAUGACAACAACAUCAAUGGAUCCAUUACCUUACUUCGAGUCAUGGGCAAACACAAUGUUAAAACGAUUGUCUUUAGCUCUUCUGCCACAGUCUAUGGAGAUGCAACACGAUUUGAAAACAUGAUCCCUAUUCCCGAAACCUGCCCGAAUGAUCCCACAAAUCCCUACGGUAAAACAAAAUACACCAUCGAGAAUCUCAUUAAAGACCUUCAUACCAGCGAUCGGACAUGGCGUGGUGCCAUUCUACGCUAUUUUAAUCCCAUUGGCGCCCAUCCCUCUGGUUUGAUCGGUGAAGAUCCAUUGGACAUCCCUAAUAAUUUAUUACCAUAUCUCGCGCAAGUAGCAAUUGGUAGACGUGAAAAGCUUUAUGUUUUCGGAAAUGAUUAUGAAAGUCAUGAUGGUACGCCUAUUCGUGAUUAUAUCCAUGUUGUUGAUUUGGCCAAAGGUCAUAUUGCGGCUUUAGACUAUAUGAAUAACUUGAAGCACGAUAUUGGCUUGUAUCGUGAAUGGAAUCUUGGAACUGGUAAAGGAUCCACUGUCUUUGAUAUUUAUAAAGCGUUCUGCAAAACAGUAGGUACUGAACUACAAUACGAAGUCGUCGGCAGACGAGAUGGUGAUGUCCUUAAUUUAACAGCUAACCCAACACGUGCCAAGCAAGAAUUGAAAUGGAAUGCAGCCCUGAAUGUUGAAGAUGCAUGUAGAGAUUUUUGGAAGUGGACAACCGAAAACCCUUUUGGCUUUCGAGUUGAUAAUUAUCAGUGGAAAUUAUUUAAUGAAUCCGAUACACCCAAUUAUAAGAACCGAUUGCAUACUGUGAAAUUUCCUGACUUGCAGGUGUCCUUUGCUAAUUACGGCGCAUUAAUACAAGAUGUCCGAUACAAAGAUCGAGGCUUGGUCGUUGGUUUCCAAGAAUUUAAGCCUUAUACAUCCGAUGACAAUCCUCUUUUCGGCUCGACAGUUGGUCGGUAUGCUAAUCGCAUUGCAAAUGGAUCUAUUCAAAUAGAAGGGACAACAUACAACCUUGACAAAAAUCAAAACGGGUCUACCUUGCACGGUGGAAGGAAUGCAUUUAACAGGCAAUACUUUUUGGGUCCAAUCUCAAAACAAUAUAAAGAUUCUAAUACCUUGGAGUUUAUUCUACUGGAUAAAGAUGGUAACAAUGGAUUUCCCGCUGAUGUAGAGACCGUAGUCAAGUAUACGGUAGACAAUAACUCGAUUGAAAUAGAGUAUCAAUCUUCCAUUUGUGAAGACUCGUUAAAAGAUGCAACAGCUAUAAGUUUAACUAAUCACUCUUAUUGGAAUCUUUCUGAUGGUGAAACCAUUGAUGGUACUAUAUUGAAAUUGGCUUCUGAUAAAUACCUUAAGGUAGAUCCAAAAACUCUUUUACCAAGCGGUGAGAUCACUCAAUCAACCCAGCCAUUGACCAAGUCAAUUGAACUUGUACCGGAUGUUUCUUUUGAUAAUUGUUUUAUAGUCGGUGAAAGCGAUUUUGCUCUUGAUACAAGAAGCAGAGAGCUCAAGGCAAUUGCUGAAGCAAGUCACCCUUCCACAUCAAUUAAAAUCUCCGUGGCAUCUACAGAACCGGCUUUUCAACUAUACACAGGGGACAACGUAGAUAUUGAUCCUUUUAGAGCUAGAGCCGGUUUCUGCGUUGAAGCAGGUCGCUAUUUAAGUGCAAUCAAUUAUUUGCCCUGGUCCAAACAAGUUCUUCUUCACAAGGGAGAGUUUUAUGGCUCUAAAUUAAUGUUUUCUUUCACAUGUUAAAUAUGGAAAUGAAGAUUAAUGAAUUUUUAAAUAUGCAUAAUUUUAGUACGUUCAGUUGAUAUGUCGCAAAAACGGGAAUGAAAUGUUAAGGAGAUAACUCAUAAAUAACCUUUGUUUGUUCUAGACAAACAAGAAUACGUAGUAAAAAGUGACCGAUAUUUUAGGAAUUCGGUUUAUGAAAGCAUGAUGAACGUUAGCAAUGUAUAAAAAAGGACAUAAGGACACAGAUUAGAAGGCUUCGUCAACCAGUUCUUUAAUUCCUUGAUCAAGAGAAAUUUGAGGUUUCCAACCAAAUUGCUUCAGUCUUUCAUAAUUUAAAGAAUAUCUUGUGUCAUUAUAAUUUCUGUCUUUAAAAAAUGAAAUAAACUUCGAAUAGUCAAAGUUGUUCGAAGGAAAUUUUUUCUGGAGGAAGUAAUCGCAUAUACGCUUCACGAGAGAAUAAUUGUCAAUUUCGUCUUCAGAGCCAACAUUAAAAAGUUGAUGAUUAGUAUGACGAUUAUAAGAGGCAGCAUUCAUUCGUUCUUUCGACCAAAUUAAAUCAAGAGCGGUUAAAAAGUCAUACACAUGCAAAUAUUUUCUCUUUUGUGAGCCAUCACCGUGAAUGGUAAUUUUGUCAAACAUGACUUCGUGACUUUUCUGUUGAAGAAACCGGUGUAGUUUAGAAAUUGUCAUAGGAAUUAAUUUUUCUCCAUCUUGUCGUGAUCCAUAAAUAUUAUUGGCUCGAAUAAUUGUCACAGGAAGAUUAUACGACAACUCAUAGGAUCCGAUGAUUAAGUCAACAGCGGCUUUGGAGGCAGCGUACGGAUUACUCGGGUUCAAUUUGCAAAGCUCAUCAACAUUUUCAUGAUCUUCCUGUUCGCCGUAGACUUCAUCAGUAGAUAUGUGCAUAAAUGUGAGCACACU